CAGUGCGGAAUCCGCUGGCCGCCGCGGAGCCAUGGAGAUCGGCACCGAGAUCAGCCGCAAGAUCCGGAGUGCCAUUAAGGGGAAAUUGCAAGAAUUAGGAGCUUAUGUUGAUGAAGAACUUCCUGAUUACAUUAUGGUGAUGGUGGCCAACAAGAAAAGUCAGGACCAAAUGACAGAGGACCUGUCCCUGUUUCUAGGGAACAACACAAUUCGAUUCACCGUAUGGCUUCAUGGUGUAUUAGAUAAACUUCGCUCUGUUACAACUGAACCCUCUAGUCUAAAGUCUUCUGAUACCAACAUCUUUGAUAAUAAUGUGCCUUCAAACAAGAGCAGUUUCAGUCGGGGAGAUGAGAGAAGGCAUGAAGCUACAGUGCCUCCCCUUGCUAUUUCUAGCACUAGACCUGAAAAAAGAGAUUCCAGAGUUGCUACAAGUUCACAGGAGCAGAAAACAAAUAUGAGACAGACUUAUGAUGAUGGAGCUGCAACCCGACUAAUGUCAACAGUGAAGCCUCUGAGGGAGCCAGCACCCUCUGAAGAUGUGAUCGAUAUUAAGCCGGAACCAGAUGAUCUCAUUGAUGAAGACCUCAAUUUUGUGCAGGAGAAUCCUUUAUCUCAGAAGAAACCUACAGUGACACUCACCUAUGGUUCAUCUCGCCCUUCUAUUGAAAUUUAUCGACCACCUGCAAGCCGAAAUGCAGAGAGUAGUGCUCAUUUAAACAGGUUACAAUUUCAGCAGCAGCAAAGCAGUAUUCAUGCUGCCAAGCAGCUGGAUAUACAGAACAGUCGGGUAUAUGAAACAGGGCAUUUAUGUGAACCAGAAGUGCUUAACAGCUUAGAAGAGACUUAUAGUCCCUUCUUCAGAAACAACUCGGAAAAAAUGAUUAUUGAGGAAGAAAAUUUUCGAAAGAGGAAGUUACCUGUGGUAAGUUCAGUUGUUAAAGUAAAAAAAUUCAGUCAUGAUGGAGAGGAGGAGGAGGAAGAUGAUGAUUACGGCUCCCGCACGGGAAGUGUGUCCAGCAGCGUGUCAGUGCCAGCAAAACCAGAAAGGAGACCUUCUCUUCCACCUUGUAAACAAGCUAACAAGAAUCUGAUUUUGAAGGCUAUAUCUGAAGCUCAAGAAUCUGUAACAAAAACAACCAACUAUUCUGCAGUCCCUCAGAAACAGACACUUCCAGUUGCUCCCAGAACUCGAACAUCUCAGGAAGAAUUGCUAGCAGAAGUGGUGCAGGGACAAAGCAGGACCCCCAGAGUUAGUCCUCCUGUUAAAGAAGAGGAAACAAAAGGAGAUAAUACAGAAAAAAGUCAAGGAACCCAACAGAGGCAGUUAUUAGCCCGACUGCAGAUUGACCCAGUGAUGGCAGAAACACUGCACAUCAAUCAAGAUUACUAUGACAUGGAAUCCAUGGUCCAUGCAGACACAAGAUCAUUUAUUCUGAAGAAACCAAAGCUGUCUGAGGAGAUAGUAGUGGCACCAAACCAAGAGUCGGGGAUGAAGACUGCAGAUACCCUUCGGGUACUUUCAGGACACCUUAUGCAGACACGAGAUCUUGUACCACCAGAUAAACCUGCAAGUCCCAAGUUUAUAGUGACGCUGGAUGGUGUCCCCAGCCCCCCAGGAUACAUGUCAGAUCAAGAGGAGGACAUGUGCUUUGAAGGAAUGAAACCUGUAAACCAAACUGCAGCCUCAAACAAGGGACUCAAAGGUCUCCUCCACCCACAGCAGCUGCAGUUGAUGAACAGGCAGCUUGGUGACCCAGAUGGUAGCUUUUCCUACGCGGAGAUGAGUGAACUGAGUGUGGCACAGAAACCAGAAAAGCUUUUGGAGCGCUGCAAGUACUGGCCUGCUUGUAAAAAUGGAGAUGAGUGUGCGUACCACCAUCCCAUUUCACCUUGCAAAGCCUUCCCCAAUUGUAAAUUUGCUGAAAAAUGUUUGUUUGUUCAUCCAAAUUGUAAAUAUGAUGCAAAAUGUACUAAACCAGAUUGUCCCUUCACUCAUAUCAAUAGAAGAAUUCCAGUACUGCCUCCAAAACAAGCAGUUACAACACCAGCAUCUCCUUCUACCAGUCAGCUCUGCCGUUACUUCCCAGCUUGUAAGAAAAUGGAAUGUCCCUUCUAUCACCCAAAACACUGUAGAUUUAACACUCAGUGCACAAGACCAGACUGCACAUUUUAUCACCCCACCAUUACUGUACCACCAAGACAUGCCUUGAAAUGGAUUCGUCCUCAAACCAGCGAAUGAUAUCCACUCGUACCUGGCAGAAGAUCUUGCAGUUUGAAGGGUUCUACCUACUGAUGAAAGAUAAUCUACAGAACUUGUCAAAUCUCUGAAACUUGGAAUACAUUGCUUUCAUAAUAUGAAGUUUAUUGCCUAUCUGAAGUGUCUAAUUUUUCAAGUUUGUAAGUUUAUUAUUGAGUGAUUUUAACAUUGGGUAUUUUCUUUUGUUGUUUAGUUUUCAGUCUGAGAAGACAGUUUUUAAAGCAUUAGCUACAUCCUGUUGGAACAUCUGGGGUGUGUUCAUGCCCUGCUGUGUGAGCCUCACAUUUACAGUGGAGGACAGGGCUGCACCGCUGGGGUGAGGCAGAAUCAGGCUCAGUGUUGAUGGUGUGAUGUUUGUAAUCUGCAAUGAAAACAGGAGUGGCUACAAGCAUUGAGGCAGUUUAAAAUAGUCAUUCAGAUUCUUUUUAAUUUUUAAAUGAAUUUAGUUUGAAAAGCAUGAUACAGGCUUCUCAGUUUGAGUGCCACUUUGGUAAAAUUGUCCUUCAGUCCUGUGCCUUCUGUGAAAAGUGCGGUGGGCAUGCAGGGUGAAACAGCUGCAAUGACAAGUGGAAAAAAAUAUGAACAAUUCCUUAAAAUGUUUUCAUUUACUAUUAACAUAUACUUUUAAAAUUUGGGGGAGAAACUACAUUAUCACAAAAUUAUACAAAAUUUUUUACAAGUAUAUACAUAAGAUACCAGAAAACAAACUUUUAAACUCACAAGAUUAUAAAUAUACAUAUAUAUUCCCACAUUCUGAAAAAUAACAUUUUCAGAAAUAACUCCACAGAAAAUAUACUGAGUUACUAUUGAAGAUAAUUUUUGGAAUGUAAAAAUUAGAUUUUAGUGUAUUUUAAAUGGCAGAACUACAUAAUUACAGAUCAAAUCAGAUGGGUAAACUGCAGAAUAGGAUGAAGCUUGGCCUACCAUAUUAUGUAGUUUUUGUGUGUUUUUAAAACUGUUAAGGCAAGAAGUGUCAAAUGCUUUAGAAUUAACAGGUGAUUUCAAGGACUUUAGAUAAUGCAAAAGGGACAAUAAAGACUCAAAUAUUUUUCAGGACCAAAUUAACUGUAACGUAAAUUCAUUGCCUUGCUUAGUUACACACCCAAAGGAUGGAUAAUACACCCAUGUCUGUAAGAGUCCAUGUUUACAGUUACACAGCCAGCCUUAUAUUGUGGUCAUUGCCUUUCCAUUCAGUAAUCAGUCAUGAACCAUUUGGUAAGUUGCACUUGGCUGUGAUGAUCCCAAAGUAAAGACUGGAAACACGAAAAGAACAGAGAGCACACAGGGCAUAGAGCUGCAACGUCAUAUCAGGCUGAAGUGAGACCCCAGUCCCAUUGCAUUCUGUGCGUACUCAGUUGAAUUUAAGGCAUUAUUCAUUCCAGUGCUGAGAUGUUUUACAUCUCUGCAGAAGAAAUUUAUUUUAAAUUGUUUAAAUUUCUAGAGAUUUUUAAGUAUCAUUAUAAACGGUUUAUAGCUGUAUUCCCACAGCUACAAUAUAAAGACCAUAUGGUAAGUAGGGUACAAGGGCUUAAGUGGUUUAGUUCCAUCUUUUUUUUAAAACUGGGAAAUAACAUGCUAAAAAUCUGAGUCUGUUAAGCAUGUUUCUAGCCAAUGUCAAAUAGUUCUUUCAAUUGCUGUAGUUUCUGGGUAAGCUAAUGCUGACCCCAUAACAUCUGCUGAAUAAAAUGGGCUAAAGUGAACCACCAUGAAGGAUCACACGGAGGAAGGGGAUGAGCAUGGUUGGCAGUAAUCCAGUGAGUGUACCAGAAUGCACAGUGUGCUUUGGCAUGCAUUUAUCCACAGAAAACCAGUGGGACUUGGAAUGCCCAGCGGAUACAAAUUGUUAAUUCUGGAGCUUAGAUACUGGACACAAACAUAAUUUUCUUCCAAGGUUUGUGUGUCUGUGUAUAUGUCAUGUUUCUUCACCUUAAUGAUGGGUAACAAGGUGGUCAGACCGUGACUAAAGUAACAGGACCUUUAGUCAUGAAACUGACCACAGUGGUGAAGACUGACACUUGACCACUAUGAAGGAUAAAUUGUAGGAAGCCAACUUUGUGCUAUACAUUAAGGUUAUAGUUACUACCUACACUAUAAUGAAACUGAAAUUUCUCUGUAGCCAAAAGUUGGCAAACUUGCCCCACAGGGAAAAUUUAAAACAGGUUGAAAUUUGGACUUCCAUGAGAGGGUGGUGGUUCAUAGGCAUUUUUUCCCCCUUUAACUUAACUACUACUAUAUAAAGUCUGCUGAAUAGAGAUUUAAUAUAUUACUGUAUUUUAAAAUACAGCUUAGUUCAGCAGAAUCCUUUGAUGUGUGAAUAAUGAUGGUAUAAUCUUAUGUUUUAAGCUUCUUGACUCUUUAAUUGAUCUCCUGACAACAGCCAUUCAGCUUUAAAAGUGACCUGAUUCAUUCACUAUCUAGGCUGUGAUAUAAUUAAGUUAUUGUCUGUUUAUAGUAUUUCCAAAGUGUUGGCCGUAGAAACUUUAGGAACUGUGAUGUGUUUUGUCAAACCAAACUGGGCAUUCCAGAAACUUGAGGGAUUAUGCUACAACGGUUAACACAAUAAAAAUUAAUAGUACCAGUAAAGCAUCUUCCAACUUCUUCACACUUAGAAAAAUAUAUUUUUAAACAUCAAGCUACAUAAUUUCCAUUCUUCAGGAAACUACAGAUAGGUUAAAGAGCAAAUUCCUGAAUGAUGAUCUUUGGCAGCAUUUAAAGUGAAAGAGAAUGAGGAUAAGAAUUUAGCCCCAGUCCACUAAAAAGGAAUUCAUUUUGACAGAUUUUUCAAAUGAAUCUGGGUUCAUUUUGGAACUUAGCCUAUGGAGUGGCGUACAUCUAAACAGAUUUUUGCAAUAGAAAAAAAA